GGCUUCUUACUUCUGACACGGGAGAUCCCGCUAUACCGGUUUUCUCUUCGAGCAGCCAAUGCGUCUGGAAUCUGGCUCAGGAAACUCGAGCUCAGGUUAUUCGCCUCACUUUCACUGAAUUCGAUCUCAUUGCGGAAGAGAACUGCAAAGAUAACUCUGUCACGGUUAUCCGCCGCCUUGAAACCUAUCGGACGAUUCCAAAGAUCUUCUGUGGCAAUCAACUGCCCCCAACCAUCGUUUCUUUUGACGAGCUGACUCUUGUAUUUGAUGUUGGCAGCUCUACGCAGCCAACCCACUUUCGAGCCAACUACCGGUUUGAAGACAACGAAUGUGCUAAGAAUAAUGGCGGCUGCCACCACAUAUGUUACAAAAUGCCAGGCUCGUUCACCUGCAAGUGUAGAGGAGGCUAUGAGCUCUAUGCAGAGUCCAAAUGCAGAAGACGUAAGUGA